UAUUCUGGAAAAAAAAAAUGCUUCCAGGUGAGAUACUCUGUUUUCCCUACUACCCCAAAUCCAACGGUUUCAUUGGUAACCCUCCCAAAUCAUUUUGCAUUCGUGUCUAUACCCCAUUGGUUCUUUUUACCUUCUUUAUCAACCCCACUAAAAUCUCAAAAAGCUAAAAGCUUCCAUAUUUCGUCAUCAAUGGAGUAUAAAUUGAAGGCCCCACCAUUUUUCUUCACUUGAACCACAUUAACCUGAAGAAAAUCCCAGCAAUACCAGACACACCCACCAUUUCUCUUUUACUGGUCGACAUUUGGGAACAUUCCCAGAAAUUAAAGGUCGGUGCCCCUUUCUCUUUCUCUCUAUCUUCUGAACAAAAUUAAAAUUGACCUGAAGAACAUAAACCAAAAAAAAAAUAAAAAACAGUUACACCGCCUUUCUUUCCUCAGAUAUUUUGUAUAGAUUACUUAGUCGGCAAGUCGAUAUGUUUAACUAUAAAAUCUUCUUCAUCCACCACAUUUAUCACUUCUCUUCUUAUCAAUUAAUGGAUUCUGAUAACAAAAUGUUCUUUCCAACAACAACAACAACCACACCAAUCAAUUCACCUUCUAAAAUCCCAAAUUCAUCUUCAAUUCAAUCUGGGUUAUUUGAUCCACCCAUAAUUUCAUUUCCUGACCCUGUUUUCACUUCUGGGUUUUCUUCACAAUCAUUAAAUUUUCAGAGCAUUUCAUCACCUCUCAAUUAUGUUUUUCCUGAAAAUUUUGGAGUUGUUCCUGAAAUUGACCCAAAUCCACAUCCAUUAGAGUGUUUACAAGGAACCCCAAUUCCACCAUUUUUGUCGAAAACUUAUGAUCUUGUUGAUGAUCCAACUUUAGACCCCAUUAUUUCUUGGGGUUCUUUAGGUCAAAGCUUUGUGGUUUGGGAUCCUGUGGAGUUUUCUCGCAUUGUUCUUCCAAGGAAUUUCAAGCAUAAUAACUUUUCCAGUUUUGUUCGUCAGCUUAAUACUUAUGGUUUUCGUAAGGUUGAUCCUGAUAAAUGGGAGUUUGCCAAUGAGGGUUUUUUGCGUGGAAACAAACAUUUGUUGAAGAACAUCCACAGGCGUAAAUCACCACAAUCUCAGCAGCUUACUUCGUAUGAAGGGUCAUCUUCUGAAUUUGGUUUAGGAAGUGAGAUAGAAAAAUUGAAGCAAGAGAAGAGCGCAUUAAUGCAACAAGUUGUCGAAUUGCAGAAGCAGCAGCGUGGGACUGCACAAGGCGUAGAGAGGGUGAAGGAUAAAAUUCAGGCUUCAGAGCAGAGACAGAAACAGAUGAUUUCAUUCUUGGCUAAAAUUCUUCAAAACGCGGUAUUUGUAGACCGUGUGAAUCAAAUGAAAGAACAAAGAACACUUGUGUCUCCAAGAACAAAGAAGAAGUUUCUGAAGCAGAAACAGCAAGAAGCAGGUUCUUCUGGUACACCUGUAGGACAAAUGGUGAGGUACAGACCUGAGUUUAAAGACGUGGGAGAUUUUCCAGCUUCUGAAAUUCCAAUAUCAUGUUCUCAACCGCAGAGUGAGCCUUUUCAAAUUGAAGACGUUCCAUUUUAUGAAUUAGCAGCAGCACAGGAUUUUAUGGAGAUGCCCGGAUCAGUUGGAGCUACUGGACCUUCGAGUUGUGGGCUCGAAUAUCCCUUUUGGACAGGAAAACAGGUAGGCCUCUGCAGUAUUGCGCCAGGCUAUGUUGUACAACUAACUGAAGGAUGUAGCAUGAUCUGACCUCCCGGGUUGGUCCCUUCUUUUGCAGGUUUGGGAACGAAGCUCAUGUUCCCGUUACGAGAUUCAUGCAUCGUUGCGUACAAGUUUCCAUUAAAGAACAGUUCGAAGAAUAGGAGUUUACUUGACGGCCAAAUAGCCCAAAACAAGGUCGGUGCCCAAAAUUCUCACGGGAUUCUCAUCCCUUUCUUAUUUUCUUCUUUUUUAACCCUAACUUUUUUACUUAAACAAAAAUAAAAGGGCACAUGUCUUCAUUUUCUCCUUCCUCAACUGAACACAAAUUUCUUUUUACUUCCCCAAAUUUCCUUUUACUUUCCCAAAUUCUCACUUUCUUCCCAUAUGAACCCUAAAUUCUUAAAAAGUAAAAUAUGCAUAAUAACAAUAAGUUCAACUUCAUAUUCAAGUUUCAAAAAUAAUUCAAGUACCACUUUAGGUAAUGGUAGGGUUUAUAGUUGACAUUGAUUGUUUGUAUUAGUCCAAACUACUUAGAAGUUUAACCACAAUUAAGGAAAACGUUUCUAUAGUUUCCUAAUAUCUAGCACGCGACUCAUAUCCAGCAGUGAGAAUUACGAUCACCGACCUCAUUAAUGGUACGCACUGCACCUACGACCAUAUGGGGUAUUUUGGCUAUAAGUCAUAGUUGAAGCUGUUUGUCUUACUUACUAAUGUCUGUUAUUGCUCACUGAUGAGCUGGCACAAGUUGUUAGAAGUUAGUUUUAGUUUGUUACGUAGCUUCUUAUACACUCUUGUAUUUUCUGCUUGUAUAUAUAGUUUUCUUAAGGCUGUAAUUCAUUUGAGAUUAA